CCCAGCUAUAUCAACAUUGAACGCGGUAGCUUCUGUUAUAUCCGACCUUCACCGUGCUCACCACAGCUGCCCUAAUACUAAGCUCCCCAGAUAACUAGCUGACUAGCUUCUCGCUGUCGCUGUUCUCCGGCACGAGCUCAAGUACUACUCUGUACUUACCCCACCGACUCUAUUGCCCCUCCAUACGCAUCUACGGAAUCUAUCCCCGUUUGUUUACUGCAACACACCCGCAAAAAUGGUGCUCGAUUACAGUAAAUGGGAUGCUCUGGAAUUGUCUGAUGACUCGGAUAUUGAAGUCCACCCCAAUGUCGACAAGCGUUCGUUUAUUCGAGCAAAACAGGCUCAGAUCCACCAGCAGCGCAUGCAGCGUCGUCAUGAGAUCGAAACACUCAAAUAUGAGCGCAUUAUUAACGAUGGCCUAUUGGCGCGCAUUGAUUCCCUUCUCGCUGCCUUGCGCAAGCAUGAAGACUCAGCGCGUAAUCCAGAGGAGCUCGUCUUCCAGGCCCUGAUCGAGUCGACCGGCGAUCCAAAGGAUGAUACGCCUCCAGCUCCUCCAGAGGGUGUCUACACCCAGCAGAAGGAGCAGCCAAAAUAUUCUCAGAUGAUGGGUUCCCUCGUGGACCAGGUGAAGAAAGAGGUUGAAGAGAAGAAACCGGAAAAUGUAUUCCAAGGGUACAUCAAUGGGGUCGAAGGCCACAAGGAGAAAGUACAGUCGUUGCAGAAGGAGUUGCUCGAGAAACUAGCUCAGCUGGAGAAGGAGGAGAAGAGCAAGAUCACAAGCGAGGAUAUCCACACCGGCUUCGACAGUACGUUCGUUGCGAAGUCGACCGAUAAAGGCAAGCAGAAAGCACAGCCUAAGACUGAAACUGUCGAAUUGUUGAACGCACCCACCGCGAAGAAGGAUGGGGCAUCGGCAUCAGGCACGGAAGCUGAUGUUGAGGAUGAAGAGGAUGAGGAGGAGCCGAAGCUCACUCCUCUUGGAAAGAAGUUCGCGCAGAUCAGCAUUGGUGACUACAAAGGUCUCCUCCAGUUCAUUUCAGAGCAUCCAGAAAUUGUCGCCGAGAAGACUACAGAUGGCCUACUAGUCGAGGCAUUCAAUAGUCAGAUGGCUGGAAAAGAUGAGUACGCUCGCCGGUGUGUGCAUCAUGGCCUGCUCCUGCAGUACUGCCGCUCACUAGGACGGGAUGGAGUAUCGUUGUUCUUUAAACGGAUUACGACAAAGGACCACCAGGCAUCAACUCUCUUCAGAAACGACGUCAACGAGACAUACAACAAGAUCAAGAUUCGUGCGGCCGAACUUGCUAAGAACAGCUCCCCAGAGAAUGACCCUGCCGGUGUCGAGCAGAUCCAACUACAUGCUGUGGACCCUAACACCAAGAUUAACAUCAGCAUCCCUCCUGCAGAUAGCAGUGAUCCCGCCGAGAUCGAGGCACGCAAGAUCUUCGACUCUUUCCCGCCUGAUCUACAAAAGGCACUGGAAUCUGAAUCCCUAGACGAGGUAAACAAGGUCCUUGGAAACAUGAAAGUGGACGUAGCCGAAGACAUCGUCGAGAAGCUGGGCCAAGGCGGCAUGCUUAGCCUUGAAGAAGGCAUUGUGGAUGCAACGACAGAAGAGGGCAAGAAGAAAUUGGAAGAAAUCGAGGCUGAAGGCAGAAGGGAGAGGAUCGUGGAGGAGGACAUCGGUGAGCCUGGAGAUGUCCUGGAUUGAGGGGGCUAUCCCCUUCAGGUCUACCCCUUCUUUGGUACUUUCCUUUGCAUUGCAUCCUUCACUCAACUCCAUGUCUGCAUCUUCCAAAGGCGCAUUUCACUCUUCUAGUGAUAUCUGGUAGUUAAUGCCUCUAAUCACAAUAAAAGUUCACUUGUGUAUUCUUCCACUAAACCCGUAUUCAAAGGAUAGCUACCGUAAUGUAUAGCAAAGGAUAGAGCGCCUGAAAUAGAUUAUUGAAGCCAUCGAAAAAUCACUGACAUAAAGAUGUCAGUCGCUCAUGUCUUCAUCAGCGAAUCCUAAUUCUACAAUGGAU